CGAAGCUGGAAGGUCCCGCCCAACACAUUGAUCCCGUGGCUCCCAAGUUGCCCCGAUAAUUCUGCUGCGCGCGACACCUCUCAAGCUCGACUUGUGUUUGGUCCCUCUGCUGCUGACCGCGCGGCAGCCGGCAAGGUCGAGUGCCGCUUCGGUGCACGCCUUGCCAAUCGUCACCAGCCGCGUACCGAAAGACCUUCCGCCCCGACAGCCGCCUCAUGCGAUGCGCUGCCCUUCUUCCGCUGCUGGCCCUUCUCGGUGAGCGGGCCAUCGGCCUCCAGCACCCGUGGGACGAGGAGGGCGCCAGCAGCUGGGCAGGCGAGGACACCGACGGCAAGUUCCCGUGGGAGAAGCCCGUGCCUUCGCUGGACGACAUCCGGGCUAUCACCCAGAGCACCGCGAGGCAGCACGAGGGCGCCCAUAGUAGUGACGAGUCUGCCCGGGAGCUGCCCGACGGACGAUUAGCUCCAGACCCCCCGAGAGACGACAUCUGGGCCCCCACCAACAGCAGCGCGUGGCAGCACACGGCCCGCCUAAACGCGCCCCCGAAGCGCGUGGCGAUCGCGUACCGCGGCGACUACCACCGCAGGGUUCUCCUCGAGCACGCCGUCGAGUAUUCGGAGGACCCGGACGUCGAGAACUCGUCGGUGGCGUACGGCUGCUCCGAUUUCUUCCACAAUGCCGAGCAGCACUGGCAGAAUCUGGUGGCCCCGCUGGAGGCCGCGGGCGCCAGCGUGAAGACGUACUUCCACUCGUACAGGGACGUGGCGUGCCCACAGCGCGAUGCGCGCCUUGUGCGCGAGCUCCGUCCAAGACGCCACGAGUGGUCGAGGGCGCACUUAGAGCUCAUAGUGGACAGCUACCUCAGGGUGCUCGAACUCGUCCUCGAAGACGAGGAUGAUCUCGACGCCGUCGUGUUGACUCGCUUUGACCUCCGAUACCGGGAGCCGAUCACAGCGUUUGAUAUAGACUGGAGCGUCACCAACGUAGCCCACAGGGAAGGUGAACUGUCGUGGCUUAAACAGCGGAAGUUGUCAGAUCUCUUCUACGUCCUCCCGAUCGGGCACGUGCAGCCCUUGAUGGAGGCGCUGAGAGUGUCUGGCACGGAUCCACCAGGACACAAAGCCACCGGAGCAGGGCACUGGAUCUGGCACCCGUUCACAGAAGCGAUGGGGAAGGAGUCGUUACGCUUCAUCGACCAGCAGUUCAGCCCCUCGUUCAGCUCGCCGAGCGAGACCCCGAGCUUCGUCGGCAUCAGCCGACGCUGCGGCGCGGACUACGACGAGUGCUCGGCGGCCGAGUGAGUGCGGUGCUCCGUGCGUCAGUUCCGCAAAGUAGCGCAUGGGUUGCUGAAGAUGGUCAGCCCACCACCGACUUUGGACGGUGUUUGGUCGCGAGCGAGGCGAGCAA